CGUAAACUUGUUUGCCAUUAACUUUAAAAUAAAAUCUUCUCGUAUAUCUACCUAGAUAUUUGAUACAAAUUAUCGUUCAAAAUGGUAUUUAAAUUCUCCCUUUUCUGCACGGUGUUGCUCUUAGUUGUUUAUUCUAGUGCAUACGAUUAUACCAAUUGUCCUGCAAAUACCAAUAGGCAAAAAAUUCUUACUUACAACUCUGUACUGCCAUCAGGAUAUAACGUUAGGGCUCGUAUACCAGCAACUGGAUAUUACAGCAGACCUAUCACCUGCUUAUUGCUAAUAGAUCAAAAAGGAAGUACCAGCACACCCAAAAUAUUGGAAGGUGGAUAUCUUGACACCUAUGCUGUAGUUAAUAUUACUUCCAAUACAGCAGAUCCAGUUACUUACUACGCCCUAAUAUUUAUUGAUUAAACUAUGUUAUUAUAUAAAUAUGUUAUUUGUAAUAAUAAUAUUUUUGUGACAUUCAAAUAAAAAAUAAGUUAAGUAGU